AACUGAUUGUGCAAAUUCUUGACUCAGUCACGAUGAGAUUUAUGGCACCAAAAAGACGCCUUUGUCGAAACUUUCCCACGUACAAAGUUUCGCAAAUAUCACUCAGUGGUUGCUUUCAACAAAAGCUUUCCUCCGACCUCUGUCGGCAAUGAUCAAAUCCCGAUUGAAAUGAUUUGAAUUUUGUGACCUCCUGCGGCACCUGUUGACGGUUCUCCAGCGGGCCUCGUUUGCGCGUCGACGUCGGGAAGAAAAUGAGACCGACCAGUGUGCAGCCUAUCGGCAUCCGGGAUCGCCCUGGUGGAAUCGUGUGAAUGGAAAUAACCACACAGUAAACUCCUCCCCCUCCGCUCCUUUAAUCCCGGCGCAUCCUUUUGAGCCGAGGAUUGACAGCAGGCGGAGCAGAAUGGAGCCGACGGGCCGUCCCGCGUCUGCUUAAAGCGCAACUUUGUCGGACUGGUGUCCCGCAGCGAAGUAGCGCCGAGCAUUUGGGAGGCAAAAUGAGCUGCCGUUUGUGUUGCGCUUUGUGCGCGGCUUUGCUGGUUUUCCCCCUCAUGGCCGCUUCGUGCCCUGCACAGUGCAGCUGCUUCUUCCACAAACUGAGCGACGGUUCCAAAGCCAGAAGCGUCCUGUGCAAUGAUCCCAAGAUGAGCGUGAUUCCGAGCGAUUUCCCCCCGGACACCUCCAAGAUCCGCAUCGAGAAGACGGCCGUGGCGAGGAUCGCCAGCGGCGCCUUUGGCUACCUGGGCGGCCUGGAGUUUCUCUGGAUGUCUUUCAACGCCCUGAGCUCCGUCGGCGCCGAGAGUUUCCGGGGCCUCGCAAACCUGAACGAGCUGAGAUUGGACGGCAACGCCCUCGGCCGCUUCCCGUGGGAGUCUCUGAGCUCGGUGCCCAAUCUCAGGCUGCUCGACCUGCACGACAACAAGAUCUCCAGCGUGCCCGCCCAGGCCCUGGCGUUCCUCCAAAACAUCACCUAUCUGGAUUUAUCCGGCAACGCUCUGGCCACCGUCCCCGCCGACGUCCUCUCGCUGUGGCUCAGCGUGAAAGCGCCUCAGCAUGCCGAUUCCUCCAAAUUGAUUCUCGGUCUCCACGACAACCCCUGGCUAUGCGACUGCCGGCUCUACGAUUUGGUCCAGUUCCAGAAAUCGCCGCGGUCGUCGGUGGCUCUGAUCGACCCCAGGCUGCGCUGCGCCGAGCCGGAGAGCCUGUCCGGGGUUUUCUUGACGGAAGCGCAGGUGCAGAGGUGCCAGGGCCCCCGGGUGCACACGGCCGUGGCGCGCGUCCGCAGCUCGCUGGGCAACAACGUCCUGCUUCGUUGCGGCACCGUCGGCGUUCCCGUCCCCGAGCUGUCUUGGAACCGCGCCGACGGCAAGAAAAUCAACGGCACCGUUCGGCAGGAGAUCUCCAAGGAAGGCGUCAUUUGGUCCAUUUUGAGCGUGCCCGCAGUCUCCUACAGGGAUUCGGGGAAGUACGCCUGCAAGGCCAGCAACUUUGUGGGCAGCGCCGACGCCGUCAUCUCCUUGGUGAUCACGGACGGCUUUCGCUCCGAAGAGGCCGCCAAGAGGCCCGCGGGGAAGAAGCCCGCCGGCGUCGGCAGGGCCGCGUAUCAAGAAAAGCUGGUGGCCAGGUACGUCCCUCCGCCGACCGCCUCGCCGGCCAAGGCCCUCGUCCAAGCCCUCGACGGCAAAGGCGUCGGCGGGAAGUACGAGGUGGAGAGCUACAGCGUCUCCGCGGGCUGGCGAGGGCGCGGCCGGGGAUCCGGCCUUCGAAAGCCCGAGCGGGUGGCUUCGGGCGACGCGCCGGGCAACGCCUCGUCCUUGCAGCAGGCCCCCGAGAAAAGGAUCGUGCGCUCGGUCAAGGUGAUCGGCGACACGGACCACACGGUGUCGCUGAACUGGCGAGCCCCCACGGCCACAAACGUCACCGAGUUCAGCGUCCUCUACGCCGUCUUCGGCGAGCGCGACAUGCGGCGGAUCAACGUGGCGGCGGGCAAAAACCGCAUCACCGUCGACGGCCUGGUGCCCAAAACCAAGUACAUCGCCUGCGUUUGCGUCAAGGGCCUGAUCCCCAAAAAGGAGCAGUGCGUCAUCUUCUCCACCGACGAGGCGGCCAGCGCCAGCGGCACCCAGAAACUCAUCAACGUGGUGGUCAUCACCGUGGCCUGCGUCAUCGCCGUGCCCCUCACCCUCAUCGUGUGCUGCGGCGCCAUCAAGAAGCGCUGCCAGAAGCUGCUGGGCCGGCCCUCCAAGGACACGCAAGACUCCUACGUCACCUUUGAGACUCUGGGCCCCGGGGCCAAAAGCAAAGGCGCCGAAGGCGAGUACCUCACGCGCUUGAACCCCGACGAGUCCAACAGGCUGCUCUCCGCCAGAUCCAGCGUGGACUCCGAGGCCGUGGCCAGGACCGGGGGCCCGCCCAACGAGUACUUUUGUUAGAACCCCAGCGGCGGAGGCGCUUUGAGACCGGAGCGGCGAAUCCGGGUGCCUCUUUGAGGGCUCCCCGAAGGACGCCGACGGCUCGAUUGCCCGCCGGAUGACAUCACCCGAUGACCUUGCGGACUUGAAAUCCAAUCAUUUCGAUUGCCCUGCCGGAACGUUCCCUGAAACACUUGGCUCCGUUUACCGACUUGGAUUUAUCCUUCAACCGUCUCGGCGUUAUGUCCAAAGAUGCCUUUGGGAAUCGGGCCCCCCGCCCCGUUAGCCUCCAAUGUGCUUUUGGCGCUACACGACAAGCCCCCAACCAUUGAGUGGAUGUACAGUCGCAGGAUAUGAAGAGCUCCAGUGACUGUCAACUCCACUCUGGUGCUGCAUCGAGCCAACGGAGGACUCCACGCCUGCUUGGACAACAGUGUGUGUGGGGGGUGGGGGUGUGUGUUAGAGAGACCCUUUAUGAGGGAAGACAUUUCAUACAGCACUGAUGCCAAAGUUGUAUUCAAUUCUUCCUUAUUGUAAGAUUUACUUUUCAAUGUACAGAAUGAUUGUCAUCCCAUUUUCUUUUUCAUUUUGAUACCGAAUGUUGAGCACUGGAUUAGGAUUUGUUUCCUCGGAACAAUAUUCAGUGUGUAUCGUUCAGGGAUUAAAAUGAGAAAGCCA